UCUCUGUGUUUUGGUUUAGAGGUGUAGAGAGAGAGAGAGAGAGAGACAGAGAGAGAGAGAGAUAUGGGGAGAGCUCCUUGCUGUGACAAGGCAAAUGUGAAGAAAGGGCCAUGGUCACCUGAAGAAGAUUCAAAGCUCAAGGAUUAUAUAGAAAAAUAUGGAACUGGAGGAAAUUGGAUUGCUCUCCCACAAAAAGCUGGUUUAAAGAGAUGUGGAAAGAGUUGCAGAUUGAGAUGGCUCAACUACCUGAGGCCAAACAUCAAACAUGGUGAAUUCUCUGAUGAAGAAGAUAGAAUAAUCUGCAGUCUCUUUGCCACCAUAGGUAGCAGAUGGUCAAUAAUAGCCGCUCAUUUACCAGGAAGGACUGAUAAUGAUAUCAAGAACUACUGGAACACCAAGCUGAAGAAGAAGCUCAUGGCUAUGGCGGCUUCUCCUAAUUCUCACAGGAAACCUCCAUUGCCGUCUUCCCUUCAAGCUCCUCCUCCUCCUCCACCACCAUCACCACCAUCAUCGUCAUCACUAUACAAAGAUUUUUACAGUAGUUUCUAUACCAACUCAACUAAAUCUUUCAGUGGUACUGGUCUUGAAUUGCCCAUAAUUAAUCCAAAUCUAAUGUUGAGCAACUCUAGCUCAGCUAAUUCUCUCCUCCAAAACCAAGACCAGAGCUUCCUGCUCAGCUCCAUGCAACAAUCUUACUAUCCUAAUGUCAAAGAUCAGAGUAAUUUCCUAGUGUUUGGGAGUGAUCAAACUGCAAGUUGUAGCUCAUCUGAUGGAAGUUGCAGCCAGAACAAUAUCAGCAAUGGACCAAGAGAGAUCAAGCAAGAAGAUCAUCAUCAUCGGAGCUUCAUGUCAAAUGGGUAUCAUCAUCAUCAUCAUCAUCAAGAUCAAGAUCAUCAAAAGUACAGCUUGCUGUUGAAGAACAUGAGCUUAGCAAAUUAUAAUAAUAAUUGCCAGUACUGGGCUGAUCAAGAUAAGAAUCAAAAUUUUAAUGGAGAAGAAAGCAGAUUAGAUUAUGGUGAUGUUGAUCUUGAUCAAGAUGUUAAGCAACUGGUUAAUAGUAGUAAUACUGUUUACAAUGAUGAUAAUAAUAGCAACAACUACUUCUUCUUCAACAUUGAUGAAAACAAGACACAGCAGGAAGCAGGAGAUGAUGAAGAAGAUCAGAAGGUGAUGAUGUACUUCUACAACUACUGAUAUAUAUUAUUCAUGGAGGAAGACUGACUGUAAGUAAAAUCAGUGAGAUUUGAUGGGGUAAGGGAGUAGGGAUGGU